AUGGCAACCAAUUCUUCUUCAAGUCCCGAGGACGCCUUUCAGCUAUUCGACUUGCGGGUCGAGGUCGUCUGCCCACCAGGCAAGAGGAUCAUGUGUGGUGCCAAAGAAGGGGAUUACUUCACGCUGAAGGGUGAGAUGUUGUAUCUGCCACCAGACCAAGGCAUCAGCAUAUACAGCUUAUGUACGCGAACACCGACCCAUUCCUACUCCAGAGUCGCAAUUGCUGAUUCUCGAAAACAGCAUCGGUGCUACCCCUACUCGCUGCAAAGCAACGAGUAA